AUGGCCAGCCGUCGAGACUUCCUGAGCCAGCCGGCGCCCGAGAACUAUGUCGCAGGUAUCGGUCGAGGUGCUGUCGGCUUCACCACCCGGUCGGACCUGGGGCCCGCGCGCGACGGCCCCAGCGAGGAGCAGAUCUCAUCCGCCAUCAAGAAGCGCUCCGAGCAGCUUGGUCUGACCGAGGCCAAGGAAGGUGACGACGACGACAAAGGUGGCGGCGGUGGCGAUGAUAGCCGCUACCAGGAUCCCGACAACGAGGUCGGUCUUUUCGCCGGCGGCAUCUACGAGAAGGAUGACGAGGAGGCCGAUCGCAUUUGGCAGGAGGUAGAUGAGAAGAUGGCAAAGCGUCGCCAGAAGCAAAGGGAAGCGCGCGAACGCGAAGAGAUCGACGAGUACGAGCGGAAGAACCCCAAGAUCCAACAGCAGUUUGCCGACCUCAAGCGAGCCCUCGGCUCCGUGACCGAUGAGGAGUGGGCCAACCUCCCCGACGUCAAGGACAUGACCGGCAAGACGAAGCGAGAGCGAGAAGCCCGCCGACAGAGAUUCUACGCCGUCCCCGACUCCGUGCUGGCAGCUGCGCGAGAUGUUGGCGAGAUGGGCACGACCGUGGCGGACGACGGCGGCGAUGCGAAGGACGGCUCGAUGACAAACUUUGCCAAGAUCGGUGCUGCGAGGGACAAGGUGCUCCAGGCAAGACUCGAUCAGGCGUCACAGAGCAGUGGUACAGCAACAUCACUAGGAUCUUCGACAAGUGUGGACGCAAAGGGCUACCUCACGUCCAUGGCCAGGGCUGGUGAGAUACCAGAGGUCAGCGUCGGGGAUGUGGACUUUGCGCGGAAGCUGCUGAAGUCGGCCUACGAGUCCAACCCUCUACACCCACCUGCCUGGAUCGCUGCCGCCCGAGUCGAGGAGCUAGCAGGCAAGACAGUCGCCGCGAGGAACUUGAUUGCCAAGGGAUGCGCCAAGAACCUUCGGUCGGAAGACCUGUGGCUGGAAAACAUCAGACUCAACGAGGCACGCAAUGCCAAAAUCAUCGCGGCCGAGGCCAUCAAGGCGAACAACAAGUCAGUCAGGCUGUGGGUGGAAGCCAUGAAGUUGGAAGCAGACCCGCGGUCGAAAAAGAAGGUCAUCAGGCAGGCGCUGCUCCACAUACCGAAGAGCGAGAUGCUGUGGAAGGAAGCGGUCAACUUGGAGGAGGAUCCGGAGGACGCCCGGCUACUGCUGGCCAAGGCGGUGGAGGAGAUACCCAACAGUGUCGAACUGUGGCUCGCUCUGGCCCAUCUCGAGAAACCACAAAACGCAAGGAAGAUCAUCCAGAAGGCACAAAAGGCGAACCCGCAAAGCCACGAGAUUUGGAUCGCUGGUGCGCGUCUGAUGGAGCAGCUGGGCGACAGCAAGGUCAACAUGAUGAAGCGUGCUGUCCUCGCUCUUGCAAAGGAAGGAGCCAUGCCAAAGCGUGAGGAGUGGAUCACAGAGGCCGAGAAGUGUGAGGCCGAGGGCGCGAUCCUAACGUGCGCAAAUAUUGUCCAGGAGACACUGGGCUGGGGCUUGGACGAAGACGACGACCGCAAGGACACGUGGAUGGAGGACGCCAAGAUGAGCAUCGGCCGGGGCAGAUACGAGACAGCAAGGGCAAUCUAUGCCUACGCACUACGUGUGUUCCCUACGAGCAGGACAGUCUGGAAGGAAGCAGUGGACCUGGAGCGGAAUCACGGAAGCAAGGACGCCCUGUGGAACGUGCUCAAGAAGGCAACGGAGGCGUGCCCCAACUCGGAGGUGCUGUGGCUCAUGCGGGCCAAGGAGAAGCUCCUGGCCGGCGAGCUGGACGAGGCGCGCAAGGUGCUGGGCGAGGCGUUCCAGCAAAACCCCAACAACGAGGACAUCUGGCUGGCGGCGGUCAAGCUCGAGUCGGACCACGACUUCCCGGAGCAGGCGCGCGAGCUGCUCAAGACGGCGCGGCAGCAGGCGCCGACGGACCGGGUGUUCGUGCGCAGCGUGGUGUUCGAGCGGCAGCAGGGCAACAACGAGGCGGCGCUGGCGCUGGUGGGCGACGCGCUGCAGCUGUUCCCGGCGAGCGCCAAGCUGCACAUGCUCAAGGGCCAGAUCUACGAGGACGAGGGCCAGGUCGCGCCCGCGCGCGGGGCGUACAGCAUCGGCGUCAAGGCGUGCCCGCGCAGCGUGCCGCUGUGGAUCCUGUACUCGCGGCUGGAGGAGAAGGCCGGGGCGACGGUCAAGGCGCGCAGCGUGCUGGACCGGGCGCGUACCGCAGUACCCAAGUCACCGGAACUCUGGUGCGAGCUGAUCCGGGUGGAGCGGCGGGCGGGCAACGCGGCGCAGGCCAAGAACCUGAUGGCGACGGCGCUCAAGGAGAUGCCCAAGAGCGGGCUGCUGUGGUCGGAGCGGAUCUGGCACCUCGAGGCGCGCACGCAGCGCAAGCCGCUGGCGCUGCAGGCCAUCAAGGAGGUGGAGAACGACCCGAUCCUGUUCGUGGCGGUGGCGCGCAUCUUCUGGCUGGAGCGCAAGCUGGACCGCGCGCAGAGCUGGUUCGAGAAGGCCAUCGUGCUCGACGGCGACGUCGGCGACAGCUGGGCGUGGUACUACAAGUUCCUGCUGCAGCACGGCACCGAGGAGAAGAGGGGCGAGGUCAUCAGCAAGUGCGUCGCCAGCGACCCCCGCCACGGCGAGUACUGGCAGCCCAUCGCCAAGGACCCUCGCAACGCGCGGGCCGGGGUCGAGCAGAUCCUGAAGCUCGUCACUGCCUCGUUGCCGGCUUAG